AGAUGAUGAUCUCCGACGGAGUCGAAGACGAAGAGAAGUACCUCGCCGCCGGAAUCGCCGGCCUUCAACAGAAUGCCUUCUACAUGCAUCGCGCUCUGGACUCGAACAAUCUCAGAGACGCGCUCAAGUACUCGGCUCAGAUGCUCUCGGAGCUCCGCACCUCCAAGCUUUCGCCUCACAAGUACUACGCGCUCUAUAUGCGAGCUUUUGACGAGUUGAGGAAAUUGGAGAUGUUCUUCAAGGAGGAGGCUCGGCGCGGCUGCUCGAUUAUUGAUCUGUAUGAGCUUGUGCAGCAUGCUGGAAACAUAUUGCCUAGAUUGUAUUUACUAUGUACAGUAGGAUCUGUUUACAUCAAAUCUAAGGAAGCACCUUCUAAAGAUGUCCUGAAAGAUCUUGUGGAAAUGUCGCGUGGCAUUCAGAAUCCUGUACGUGGGCUCUUCUUAAGGAGUUACCUUUCUCAAGUCAGUAGGGAUAAGUUGCCUGAUAUUGGAUCGGAGUAUGAAGGCGAUGCGGAUACUGUCAGGGAUGCUGUUGAGUUUGUUCUCCAAAAUUUCACAGAGAUGAACAAGCUUUGGGUGCGGAUGCAACAUCAGGGGCCUGCUAGGGAAAAGGAGAAACGGGAGAAAGAAAGGAGCGAGCUGCGCGAUCUUGUUGGUAAAAACCUGCAUGUCCUUAGCCAGAUAGAAGGCGUUGAUCUGGAUUUGUACAAAGAAACUGUGCUUCCCAGAGUCCUGGAGCAGGUUGUAAAUUGUAAAGAUGUGCUUGCACAGUUUUAUUUGAUGGAUUGCAUGAUUCAAGUCUUUCCUGAUGAGUACCACUUGCAAACUCUUGAUAUAUUGUUGGGUGCUUGCCCCCAACUUCAGCCAUCUGUUGAUAUCAAGACAGUGCUAUCCCAGUUAAUGGAAAGGCUUUCCAACUAUGCUGCAUCAAGCAUAGAAGUGUUGCCUGAGUUUUUACAAGUUGAAGCAUUUGCAAAACUGAGCAAUGCCAUAGGAAAGGUGAUUGAAGCACAUGUUGACAUGCCUGUAAUCGGUGUCGUUACAUUGUACUCGUCCCUUCUUAAAUUCACUCUCCAUGUGCAUCCGGAUCGUCUUGAUUAUGCUGAUCAAGUGUUGGGGUCAUUUGUUAAGAAGCUCUCUGGAAAAGGAAAAAUUGAAGACAGCAGAGCAACAAAGCAAGUUGUUGCACUCUUAAGUGCCCCAUUGGAGAAAUAUAAUGAUAUUGUGACUGCUUUGAAGCUUACAAAUUAUCCCCGUGUCAUGGAAUUCCUUGAUUCUGCAACAAAUAAAGUCAUGGCAACUGUUAUUAUUCAAAGCAUUAUGAAAAAUACAACCCAUAUUUUAACUUCUGAGAAGGUCGAGGCAUUGUUUGAACUAAUAAAAGGACUUAUCGAGGAUUUGGAUGGGACACUUCAUGACGAGGUUGAUGAAGAGGAUUUCAAAGAGGAGCAGAAUUCUGUUUCAAGACUUAUUCAAAUGUUCCAUAAUGAAGAUCCAGAAGAGAUGUUUAAGAUCAUAUGUACUGUGCGGAAGCAUAUCAUGUCUGGAGGACCAAAGCGCCUACCCUUUACUGUCCCUCCCCUAGUCUUUUCUUCUCUAAAGUUGGUCAGGCAAUUGCAAGGAGCACGUGAAAAUAAAGAAAAUCCUUUUGGGGAAGAAGCAUCAACUACACCAAAGAAAAUUUUUCAGCUCUUGACUCAGACUAUUGAGACUCUGUUGAAUGUACCAGCUCCGGAGCUAGCAUUACGGCUGUAUUUGCAAUGUGCUGAGGCUGCAAAUGACUGUGAUUUAGAACCUGUUGCAUAUGAAUUCUUCACCCAAGCAUAUAUACUGUAUGAAGAAGAAAUUUCAGAUUCGAAAGCACAGGUAACUGCAAUUCAUUUGAUUAUUGGGACUCUCCAGAGGAUGCAUGUAUUUGGUGUAGAGAACAGAGAUACUUUAACUCACAAGGCCACAGGGUAUUCAGCAAAGCUUUUAAAGAAGCCUGAUCAGUGCCGAGCUGUUUAUGCUUGUUCACAUCUCUUCUGGGUUGAUGAUCAGGAGAACAUGAAAGAUGGGGAAAGGGUAUUGAUUUGCCUAAAGAGAGCUUUAAGGAUUGCAAAUGCUGCCCAGCAGAUGUCCAGUGCAACACGUGGUAGCACCGGAUCAGCAACACUCUUCGUUGAAAUACUGAACAAGUACCUUUAUUUCUUUGAGAAGGGCAACCCGCAGAUAACUGUUGCUUCUGUACAAAGCCUGAUUGAAUUGAUUAAUACUGAAAUGCAAAGUGAUUCAACCCCAGCAGAGCCGGCUACAAGUGCAUUCUUUGCCAGCACAAUGCGGUACAUCCAAUUCCAGAAGCAGAAAGGUGGCGCAGUUGGUGAAAAAUAUGAGCAAAUCAAGGUGUGACUACUGGGAUAAGGAAUGUUAGAAAUUUGAGAGCUGUAGAUAAGUUUAUCUUGCGGGUUCUGAACUCUUUUCAGUCUUUUGACUGUUUGUUUUGUCAAGAGAAUCAAACGCGUGCUUUACCCCUGAUGUUUACGCGGUUUAACGAGAUUUCUGACUGGCAUGAGCAGUCACUUACUUGAGAAGUUUGUAUGCUGAUCUUGCUAUUACAGUGUACAACAUAUAUCAAAUUAGCUUUACUCUUGA